AUGGUCAACAAACAGGAGCACGCUCGCCGAAGACGCAUCGUUUCUCAGGGGUUAUCGGACGCCGCAUUGAGAUCUCACGAGCCGACGCUAAUAUCGCACAUCAAGAAGUGCUUCGCAUUGGCUACAGAGGCGGACACGGGUGCACCACAAAAUGGCUGGACACGGCCGCAGAAUAUGUCAAACUGGUUCAACUGGCUGACGUUCGACGUAAUGGGUGACGUUGUAUUCGGUGUUCAGUAUGACCUUCUUGGAUCACCAACAAAUCGGGGAAUACCGGAAGCCAUUGAGCAAUCCAAUGUUCGUGUGAGCGUCUUGUUGCAAGGCCCGAUCCUCCGGAAGAUUGGCCGCGUGGACCGCUGGUUGUUUCCCAAGGCCAUCGAAGCUCGCAAUCAGUUCCUUCACUUCGUCAGUGGUCUUGUUGACCGUGUCAUGAAUUCUGAAUGUGAAGAAAAAGCACGCACCGUCGUAUCGGCCUUGAAGUCGGCGCGUGACCCCGUUACAGGUGAAAUUCUCACGGCCAAAGAAAUCCUGGCCGAGAGCACAACACUCUGCGUGGCCGGAGCAGACACGUCGUCGACAGCAUUGGCGGCAGCCUUCUUCUAUCUGGCCAGCACACCUCGCGCUUAUAAACGACUCCAGGACGAAGUUCGCUCGGCCUUUGGGUCCGUUGACGAGAUUCGGGCAGGCCCAAAGUUAAGCAAGCUCACUUAUCUCAGGGCCUGCAUUGAUGAAGCGCUACGGAUGUCCCCUCCAGCGGGAUCUUCGCUGUGGCGAGAAAUACAGACCGGGGGCGCCACGGUUGAUGGUCAGGUUCUACCUGCGGGUGUCGAAGCGGGCGUGCCAAUCUACGGCAUCCAUCAUAACGCAGAAUAUUUCCCAGCGCCGUUCGAGUACAUACCCGAGCGUUGGCUUCACGCUGAGAAGAUUCUCGCAGGGAGAGAGGUGGAAGCCGCCCGAGCGGCCUUCUGUCCCUUCUCUAUCGGCAGCCGGAGUUGCGUUGGGAAAGGCAUGGCCAUGUUAGAACUCGGCUUGGCUGUGGCGUACGCAGUGUACAAGUUUGAGUUUUUCAUGGCUGAUGAAAGCAAGAUUCUCAAAGGUUGGGGCAUGAGAGGGGAGUUUCCGCUCGCCGAUCACAUCACAGGUUCUAAGAAGUGA